UUUCACGGACAGCAGAGGGGAGGGAAAGGACCUGAGGUCCGAGUCAGAAGGAAGGGAUGCUGGGCCCUGGUUGGAGAGGUGCGGCCUGGCCCCGGGAGGAGGAGAGUGGGCCGAGUCUGCCCUCUCUCUCCCCUCCCACCUGCUCCCUCCCACUCACACGGAAUCGCUGCCUCCUUCCCUCGCUCGAUCCCGCAGCUUCGCUCGGCAGCCGGGUGAGCUCUGCCCAGUCGCUCCGUGCAGCCGCCGCAGCGCAGCCACCAUGUACGUCUGCAGGGCUGCCUGGCAGGCGCUAGCCGCUCGCUUGGCCAGCGUGUCCUCCACUGCCACCCUGCUCAGAAAGCAUGCACCUCUUCGCCAGAUGUCAUCUGGCAGUGUCCCUGGCUCUUCUGGGGAGAACCUGAUUUACUAUCUGUUUGCUGGUGUGGCGUGCACUGCUGGUGGAUAUUAUGCCUACAGAACAAUCACGUCAGACAAAAAGAGGUACAACGAACGUAUUCAUGCUAUUCAGCAGAGUAAUACAGCUGAGUGGAAACCAAAACCCUGGCCACCCCAGCGUGAUGAACUGGAGAUAGCUGAAGUCACUGAAGCAAGCGAGCAGGCCACAGAGGCACUUACAGAAGAGGCUGAAGCACUAACUGCUGAUGAAUCUACAGAACAGAAUGAGAGGUCUAUGGUAUCUACAGAAGCUGAAGUGGAAAAAGAAUCGCCAGUUGCAGAUGCAUCCUCUGCUGUGGAAGCAGCACAGCAGGAAGCCACUGCUAGUUUGGAGGCUUCCCAAGUGCAAGAAGUUGUGGGUGAAGGCUUGGAUGUUGCAGCAGCUUCUGCUCAUGAGGACAACGUAGACAGUAUUCAAGAAGGAACAGCCUCAGCAGUUCAAGAGAUGCCUGACACAUCCUCAAGGAACCAGGAGGCUGUUGAGGAUGAGUCUGGGCAGAAUGCAGAAGCUUCUUCGGCAACAACGGGAUCUCAAGAAAUUCCUAAGGAUUCUUAAAGUGAGCAACGGUGACGCCUUUGAAGAGUUUCACAGAAAUAUGUAUGACAAUCAACCAGCUGACUGAUGUUCUGAAACCAAAUGUUCUUCUUUGGAGAUGUAAAACAAAUCUUGCAGGUUGUUGCAACUAAAACUGCUUGUUAGGGCUAGCAUUUGAUAUUUUGAUCAGUAUUCAUUCCUUACAACAGACAACCUAACAUGGCGUAGUUUGUCAGAGAGAAAUAAGCUUUUGCAGUGGGUAUGCUCCUUUCUGAAUCAGAGACACAGCAUACAGUAAUAUAGGUCAAGGUACCAUAUAGUACACACUACAUCUAUUUACCAAGAAAACAAUAGAUUUAAUUAAAUCCACGGCAGGUGAACUUUUGUUUAAGUUUUUCGUUUAAAUCUAGUUGUUUACAUUGACUCCUUACCCGUAUUCUAAGCUGUGAAAGGUGAUUAUAACAUUGCAAUAUUCCACACUAAUCAGAAAAACGCUUUAUCAUCUUAUUUAUGUUUUAUUGAAGUAAAAAUAUUAUGGACAUAAUCUCAUACAAACUACAUAUAUGUGACUAAUAUUUUUACAAAAAUACAAUAAAAUCUUGGCCACAAGUCAAGUUUUAUAUUAUAAAUAGGAAUAUUAUUGAUAUUUGGCAUAUGGAGUUAUAUAUAAUGAGGUGUUUAUGUUCUUAUUGCAUAAACAUUUUAGAUUUUAUCCUUUCCCUCACAUUUGUACACUGUCUCUAUUAAAUAGAUUGAACUAAACUUUCAAACUAAGAUAUAAAAAACUAUAAUUCAAUAUUGGAAGUGCUUCGAGGCAGACAGCAGUGGGGCUUUUAAAGCUCCUGUUUACAAAAUAUAAUAAAAAACAACCAAACAAAAAAACUCCUGGCAAGGUGUAACAACAGUUACACCAUAGAAAAAUUACAGAAAAGCUUGAAAAAUACACACAAAACUUAAUAAUAUGGCCAAGGAUUAUUAUUGAUGAUAGUACUAAAGCUAGACCAAAAAUAAUAUAUACCAUAUACAAUUUAUAUGGCAACUAUGAAUCCUACAAGUAGUACUAGUAUUUCUUCUCUAAAGCUGAUGGAGAACUCCUAAAAGAAAAUUAAUGUAGUGUAGUUUACAUGUGGAAUUCUUCCUUCCGAUUACAUACAAAUGUAUCCUCCCUCCCCGACAUCCUACAGCAAGUUCUAAUGUUGUCAAGAUGAAUAGAUGGCCUUAAUCUCCGCACCCUGUAUAAUGCAGGGGCAGAAUGGGGCUUCUGAACUUCAAUAAUCUAUACCCCAAACUUUCACUUUAAAACAAUGCUAUUCUGAUUAGAAACAAAUACUAUUGUGGGAAGACAUGUUUUGAAUAAAAGUCUUAAUCUGA